AUGGACGGUUCCUGUUACAAUAACCUGUUGGUAAGCCAACAAGGAGCAGUGGUAACCGUAACCAUCAACCGUCUCCGAAACCUCAACGCCAUCAACAACGCAACAUACCUCGAGCUCGCACGCGCUCUAGCCGACGCAGACGCCAAUGACACAGUAUCGAUUCUGCUUAUAACGGGUGCUGGCGAGUACUUCUGCAGCGGGACAGACAUGCUCGAGUUCAUGCAGACCGUCGAGAGACUCGAGGCCCUGAAACGAUCCCAGGAAUCAACAGCAGCCGUUGGAUCAUCAGGACAACCGGAAGGAAGCUCAGUUCCAACCGUUAGAUCCACACCACAAGCCAGCUCCACCGUCGAUCUCCCCGCGGAUUUCGACCCGUUCGCCAGCCCUGUGGGCCAGUUCAUGCGCGGCGUGCUGCGAUUCUCCAAGAUCCUGGUCGCAGCAGUCAACGGGCCCGCCAUCGGGAUCGGCGUGACGCUCCUUCCGCACUGCGACCUCGUAUUCGCCGCGGAUUCCGCCACGUUCUGGGUGCCGUUUCUCCGCAUCGCGCUCGUCCCCGAGUUCGGCUCUUCCGUCACUCUCCCGCAGCUGCUCGGUCGACCCCUGGCGAACGAUCUCCUGCUGACGUCGCGGGUGCUCACUGCGGACGAGGCGUGCAGAAACGGUCUUGUUUCGAGAGUGUUCCCGGAUGCGACCCUUCAGAGUGACGUGCUGGCGAUUCUCUCCGACAUCCAGCAGCAGGCUCUCGUCCAGCAGUCCCUCCCCAUCUUCAAGCGCAUGCUGCGCCAGCCACUGGGUGACUCAGCGCCACGUCAUCCUGACAUGGAGGCGGUGGUGGCGGAGGAGCUGAGGCAGCUGGCUCGGAGACAGAUGGCGGGGGAGACAGGUUAUGCUGUGAGGGAGACCAUGAAGGCCAUGCGAGCUGCCAAAGGGAAUGGCAAGGCAGCUGGGUCUCGAAGCAAACUGUAA